AGAUGUCAAGCAAAGAGAACAGACUCAUCUGCUCCUCUAAUGGAUCUCUGAAGGGCCACAGAUGAAGACUGAUCGUCAAUCAUGGUCAGAGUUUGUAGAGAAAUGGUUGUCGGCUUUUGCUCUCCGAAGUAUGCUGCCACCUUCCUUUUCUUGGCUGUGUUUGUCUUCAUCUAUUUGCUUUUUAACAUCGACUUGGAGCACAAAGGGAGGUCCUCUUACCCUCUCCCAAAACAUCACCUGCAACACCGCUUCUGCAGCUUCCAACCGUUGUCCCCUGAGGAUGCUCUGGAGGAACGCCUCCUAUUAGACUCCAUUGCUUGGCCUGAAACUCCAUCCUUGUCAGCUUCUCUUUCCCUGGAGCAGACCACCCAUCCUGCCCACAGCAGAUUCACUAUUCUCCCAGAGAAGGGUGGACAACAGUGGCACGUAGGGGAUCAGCUGGAAGUUAUGAUCAAAAUGUAUGACUUCCAUGGUCGUCCCAAGAAGUCUGGUGGAGACUUCUUACUUGCCCGUCUGCACAACCGAGCACUUGGUGCAGGUGUGGCUGGGAAAGUGUUGGAUCAUCUCAAUGGCUCCUACUCUGCUGUAUUUUCUUUACUCUGGGAGGGAAGCGCAAAGGUUGAGGUGACACUGAUUCACCCCAGUGAAGCUGUCACGGUGCUGCAAAGGCUAACCAGAGAACAGCCGGAUAGGAUUUUUUUCAAGAGUGCCUUCCGCUCAGGCUCAGUCUCUGAAAUUACCACGUGUAAUGUCUGCCUGCGUCCAACACAGCAGCCACUGUGUAACUUCACUGACCUCACUACAGGUGAGCCGUGGUUUUGCUACAAGCCAAAGAACCUGAGCUGUGAUACCAGGAUCAGCAACUACAAUGGCGGGUUUAAUGGACAUCUCAAGGCUAAUGAGGAGAAGCUCUUUAAAAGUGGUAACAACAUGAAAGUCUCCAUUCAAGCUUCAGGAUUUGCCAAUGUCACCAUCUUUCCAAAAAAUAAAGAUCAACCAGAGGUGAAGAGCAAUAUUGUGCAGCCUGGACCUGCUGGCUAUUACUACAAGGGUGUGUGGCAGUCAAUAAGUGGCCCCACAGUCCGCCAGUUCAACACUCCUUCUGUUAUCAACCAAUGUCUGAAAGGCAAGGUGGUCCACCUUUAUGGAGACUCUACCGUCAGGCAGUGGUUUGAAUAUCUCAACAAAGCACUACCAGAUCUCAAACAGUUUGACCUGCACAGUUCAGUCAGAGUUGGACCUUUCAUGGCCUUAGACUAUGCAAACAACAUUUUGGUGACAUACCAAUUCCACGGUCCCCCUGUCCGUUCUAUCAGAGUCCCAGCCAUCGAACUACACUACAUUGCCAAUGAACUAGACCGUUUAGUUGGUGGCGCCAACACCGUUGUAGUUUUUGGCAUCUGGGCACACUUCAGCACUUUCCCCACAGAGCUCUACAUCCGGCGGCUGCAGAACAUCCGCAGGGCAGUGGUGCGACUGCUGGACAGAGCUCCAGACACUCUGGUUUUAAUCCGGACAGCAAACCCCAAAGCUAUGCUGCUUCGUGAGGCGCUGACCAACAGCGACUGGUGCUCGCUACAGCGUGAUAAGGUGCUCAGGGCCAUGUUCAAAGGACUGAAUGUUCACCUGCUGGAUGCCUGGGAGAUGGUAUUGGCCCAUCACCUGCCGCACGACCUCCAUCCACCACCUCCCAUUAUUAAGAAUAUCAUUGAUGUCAUCUUGUCCUACAUAUGCCCUCAAAAGGGUAGCUAAAUGUGUAUUUGUUUGGGGAAAUGACUGGGAAUUCACAUACAUGUGCUGAGUUUAAAUGCUCUUUCUGUGCUACCUUUCUAUCAUUUUUCUAUUUUUAACCAGGGAAGUUGACAGAGCACUAUAUUCCUCAAGCAAAACUCAUUUUUGAGGAAAGCAAGACUUUAAAAAUUACUUGGCAAAAAUAAAAUGUAAUUCUACAAAACA